AUGGAGGCCCUGUACGGGUCGCUGCCGGGCUUCGGCUCCGCGGCGAAGAACGAUGUCGACGCUCCGAUCGCGUUCUUCGACUGCAUAUACGUCGGAACCCCCGGCGGGGACUCGGCGUCGGGCUCUCCGAAGAGCCCAAACUCGGUGAUGGCUUCAAACGGCGCCAACGGGGCAGCCCCGCGAGGAGGCGCAGCUGGGAACUCCCGGGGUUUAGGACAGAAACCCGAGUGUCUCCCGCCGCACGUGGGGCGCAUCGGCGUCUACCGCAAGUUCGCGAUGUUCCGCGCGGACAUGUUCGACCUGGACGACACCACCGUGCUGCUGCCCCGAUCGCAGGUGCGACGCGUGGACGCGAACGGCAAGUACGCCGUCUGCGUCGUCGACUGGCACGGCGCGCCGCACGAGUUCCAGCUCCCGAAGCUGUCGAAAGAGCUGUACCGCGUGUUGGUCAGGGAGUGGGCGCUCACGGAGGGGACGUUCGCGAACAAGCGCGGCGCCAGCGCGGUCAACGACCGCGUGUUGGACCCCGCCAAAGACGGCCCGCGGACGAUGCUGGGCGAACUCGUAGAGGACGGCUCGCUCGCGGCGAUGAAGGCCAGGGCGGACCUCGACGCGCGCCGGCGGUCGGCGCUGCGACGCAUCGCGGCAUCCGUCGGGCGCGGGUACGAGCGGUGCGCGAACGUGUACCGACGCGCGCGCGAUGUAUAUCUAGAGGCGGAACGUUUUCUCUUCCCACCGGAACCGCCGCCGCCCCCGGAACUUCACACGGUGGACGUUCGAGCGAAAACGGACGCGUGCAUGUUCUUAAAAAUCGUCGCCGCGGAGGGGCUGCUCGCGAUGGACGCGGGUGGGACGUCGGACCCGUUCGCCACCGCGCGGUGGGGCUCGCUCGAGUGCAAAACCGAGGUCGUGUACGAGACCACCAGUCCCGUUUGGGAGGAGACGUUCGUGUUCAACCUCGGAACCUCGACUUCCGACGUGAUUGAAGAGGACGUUAACCUGUGUUUGUACGACUACGACCUGGCGCUGAACGAUUUCCUCGGUUUUUGUCGCGUGGACCUGAGGGGUAAGAGGGUGAGUCAACGAGGCGAUUGGAGCAAGGAGCCGCGUUGGUACAACGUUGGCGCGCUGCCGGCGGAUUACGAGGAAAAAUCGGGGUUCGACUGGGGACGGCUCAAGGACCAGUUGAUGUUCUGGGAGGGUAAGCGGACGUACACCGGUCGGGUUAAGAUCGCGUGCUGGGUCGGGUCGCGGACGGACCUGGAGAUGCGCACGGCGGAGCACCCGCGGGCUUGGCGCGCGGUUGAGGCGUCGCGAUCGGAGCCCAAGUACUACGUCGAGCCGCUCACCGCGGCGCUACACGUGACCGUGUUCCGGGCGCGCGAGAUCUUGCCGAUGGACGGGUCGAGGGACGAUCCGGGCGGGCUCUCGGAUCCGUACUGCGAGGUGACGCUGGAGCACGAGAAGACGGCGCGGUUCGAGACGGAGCAGACCCACUUCAUAGACGACACGGACUCGCCGGAGUGGGACAGGAAGUUUUCCUUCGUGGUGUCUCGUCCGUACACGGCGUCGACGCUGUGGUUCAAGGUGUACGACUACGACGGCGGGUUCGAUCAGCUCAUCGGGACGGUGAAGAUCAAGUGCGAGGACCUGGACAUACACGAGGGGCUCGCCAAGCCGCCGCCGGCUAAGUGGUACACCCUGCUGGACGCUAGCGGGAAAGAUAAGACCAAAGAUGGCGACCCCUACGGCGACGUGCUCAUACAGGCGUACAUCGACGAGGAGUACCUGCACCACAUGCACCUACAGAAGGUGCGGGUCAGCGACGAACCCGACCUCGGCCGGCUCGAGGUGGACGUCUUCAAGCUGCACGAGCUCGACGACGGGAUCAAAGACGUCUUCGUCGUCAUCAAGUACGGACCGUACUGGUCCAGGCUGCCCACGAUCGAGGACGCGGACGACGCCAGGUACGACCUCCGCUCGAUCUUCCCCGUCAUCGACUUUCACGUCCCGGUGGUCAUCGCGGCGUUCGCCGGGGUCGGGGACGCUCCGAAACUUUUGGGGAAGAUCAAAGUUCCGGUAGCCGCGCUGGAGAGCAACCAGCGGUACUUCAAGGUAGUGGACAUGGGAGCCGUCAACGCGGCGACGGGCGAGGUGGAGAAGGGCGGCAAGUUGGACGUGGCGCUGACGUAUCGCCGCGACGCCGGGACCAUCGCGAGCGGCGUGACGCUCGCGAGGCAGUACGUCAAACCCGUGUGCGACGAUAAGUGGUACUAUAACCCUAUACCCGAGACGGAGCAGGAGAAAGUCGCGAAGCGCCACAAGGACCUGGUGAUUUACCAGCUCGGCCUGAGCGAACCGCCGGUGAAGGUGAGCAUCGCGAAGGAGAUGCUGGACUACAACAGACACGAGUUCAACGCGAGGAUGAUCCAGACGUCGAUCGCGCGCUUGCAGUGCGUCGCGGCUGAGGGCAUCGCGAUUGGCAACGCCGUCAACGACCUCCUCGGCUGGAAGCACUUCCACGUCACCGCUUCGUUGCAAACGGUGUUGUUCCUCAUGAUCAACUACCCUCGACUGAUCAUCCCGGGGAUACUGAUACUGAUCGGGUCCAUACCUCUGGCGCUCUACCCGACGAGGCGGAAACGGGCGCUCGAUCAGAUCAGCAUGGACUACGACGUAUCCGUGGGGAAGUUGCCGCCGCAUUUGGACAUCCUGCUCAACGGCGAUUCGCUGACGAACGAAGAAGUCAAGGCGCGCGAACGCGAGCAGAAGGAGCGCGAAGCCGCGGACAAGAAGGCAGAGGAGGCGAGGCUUCGCGCGGAGAGCGAGGCCGCGGCGCAGCGCGCGGAGGAGGAGGCUGAGGCCAUCGCCGCCAUCUUAGCCGAGGCUGACGCCGAGAGCGAAGCCGACUCGGACGACGACGACGCGGCGCAGCAGGCGCCCAAGAUGGCGGGCAGCAUGAACCCCUUCGCGUCGCUCAUGAAGCAGUACGAGGAGCUCACCACGAUGAUCGCGAGCAUUCAGACCACGAUGGACGACGUCGCGACGGUGUUGGAGCAGAUCCUCGGGGUGUUGACGUGGAAGGAACCCAGGGUCACGUUCGUCGCCAUGGCGGCGCUGGUGGGGACCGGGUUGGCGUUUUUCGCCUCACAGUUCGUGGUCGAGUGGACGAUGUUCGUCGUGUGGCUGGUGGGCAAGAAAGCGAUGGGCGCCACGUCGGGCGCGGCUUCCUCGGCGAGUGCCGACGCCUGGGCCAAAGUCGUCGAUUUCGUCUCCGAGUGCUGGGAAUACCUUUGGGAUAACUACGUCGAGGGCCCCUACAACGCGGCGGCGUACACGAUCACGGUGACCAUGGCCACGACGACAAACUCGGUGCUGUGCGCGUGGUCGUUCGUCACGUGGACCCGCGUGUUCAAGGCGACCCGCUUCGUCGUCUCGCUACGCGAGGACGGAGUUUAA